CUGCAAAGGAAGGAACCAAGGAGGGAGGAUGUACUGCCUGCUGGCAACUCCCCUAUGCCUACUGAGCCUGCUGUUGCCACCCCUCAGUCCUGCGGCCCCCAUCUCCCCAUCAGAGCCCAUUGGUCAAGCCUACAGCCUGGCUCUCUACAUGCAGAAGAACACGUCAGCACUGCUGCAGACCUACCUCCAACACCAGGGCAGCCCCUUCAGUGACCCCGGCUUCUCAGCUCCCGAGCUCCAGCUCAGCACCCUGCCUUCUGCAGCUGUCUCCUUCAAGACCUGGCAUGCCAUGGAAGAUGCAGAUCGGCUAAGCCGAGCCCAGAGAGCCUUCCUGGCCUUGACCCAGCACCUUCAGCUCGUGGGGGACGACCAGAGUUAUCUGAAUCCUGGCAGUCCUAUUCUGCUGGCCCAGCUAGGAGCAGCAAGACUCAGGGCCCAAGGCCUAUUGGGCAACAUGGCUGCUAUCAUGACUGCUCUAGGGCUGCCCAUCCCUCCAGAAGAGGAUACUCUGGGGUUUGUCCCCUUUGGGGCCUCAGCCUUUGAGAGGAAAUGCAGAGGCUACAUAGUGACCCGAGAAUAUGGUCACUGGACGGACCGGGCUGUGAGGGACUUGGCUCUACUCAAGGCUAAGUACUCAGCAUAGAAGGUCAGCCUCUAUCAGAAGUCCAAAGAAUUUCUCUUUCAGAGGACUCAUUCCUGCCUUACUUCUGCAUUUGGGACUAUUUCCUGGAAGCCAAACCUCUACUCCUUAUUGUCUGGAUCUUCCUGCCAGGUCCUAGAGACUCCUUUCCAGAUAUGGGGGAGAGGGGCAUUCUGGAUCUAUUUGAUGGAUCACUAAACCAACACUGAUUUAUUUACUUCCUGGUUGGAAAAAAGAGCCCUUCUGAGGAGGC